ACAUUAGGCAAAAUUUCUUCUGGAAAAAGUUGUCAAGUAUUGAAACACUCUGCCCAGGGAAGUGGUGGAAUCACCAUCCCUGAAACUUUUUAAAAGAUGUGUAGAUGUAGCACUCAAAGACAUGGUUUAUUAGUGAAUUUGGCAGUUCUUGAAUAAGGUUCUUUCAACCUAAAAGAUUCUGUGAUUAUAGUGUACCUCAUCAGGCUCUUGAUGUAUUUGCUGUGCCACAAGCUUAACUUAACCCCUGAAGGUAAAGGAGGGUAACAGACCUCUGAAUCAUACAUUUUGCCUCUAUUCUGCUAAGACAUUCCCAUGAGUAACGCUGCAACUUUUGUUAAGGCUAACAGUGAAUGAGUCAUUUAUCUCUGCCCACAGUAAUGCAACACACGUAAGGAGUGAGAGAGGCAUUUUGCAUGGCCAGGGUACUGUAGCAAAAACGCUGUUUUUUCAAACAUGUGUCAAAGGCUGUAUUUAUUUUCUUCUCUUGGGGGAGCUGUCACAGAUGAAGAGCCUUUUUCACUGGGAUCAAAAUUCUUCUUUAAUUGCUUCUUGAUAAUCAUGAUCUUUCUGUUAACAGGCAUUCUUCACAACUGCUGUGAAGCCUACAAUGUUGGGCUCCUGAAAGCAAAAAUAUUUUCUGGUCCACCAAGAGAGCAGUUUGGAUAUGCAGUUCAACAGUUUAUAAAUGAACAAGGCAAAUGGUUGUUGGUUGGUUCACCCUGGAGUGGCUAUCCUGCUAACAGAACUGGAGAUAUAUAUGCAUGUCCUGUUGGUGUGUCGAAAAACACAUGUAAAAAAUUGAAUUUACAAGCUUUAAUAAAUAUUCCAAAUGUGACUGAAAUUAAAGAGGACAUGAACCUUGGCUUGACUCUGAUACAGAACUCAAAAACUGGAGGAUUUUUGACUUGUGGUCCCUUGUGGGCACAGCAGUGUGGAAGACAAUACUAUGCAACAGGAGUUUGUUCUGAAAUCAGUCCAAGUUUCGAGAUCUUAAGAAGCUUUUCUCCUGCUGUUCAAAAGUGUUCAUCUGUUAUAGAUGUUGUGGUGGUUUGUGAUGAGUCAAACAGCAUUUAUCCCUGGGAUGCAGUGCGGGCAUUUUUGAAAAAAUUUGUACAAGGCUUAGACAUAGGCCUUAACAAAACCCAGGUGGGUUUAAUUCAGUACGCUAAUGAUCCCCGCGUAGUCUUCAACUUGAAUACGUAUCAAACAAAGGAUGAGGUCGUUAGAGCAAUGGAGAAUACGUCUCAGAAGGGAGGAGAUCUCACUAAUACUUUCAAAGCCAUUGACAAUGCAAGACAGUAUGCCUUCUCAGCUGAAGCAGGAGGACGCCCAACAGCCACAAAAGUCAUGGUUGUUGUGACAGACGGUGAAUCACACGAUGGCUCCAACUUGAAAACAGUGAUAGGUAAAUGCAAUGAAGACAAUAUAACCAGAUUUGGCAUUGCUGUUUUGGGAUACUUAAUAAGGCAUGAACUUGAUACUAAAAACUUAAUUAAAGAAAUCAAGGGGAUUGCUAGUCACCCAACAGAAAAGUAUUUCUUCAAUGUGUCAUCUGAGGCUGCACUACUGGAAGAAGCAGGAACGCUUGGAGAGCGCAUUUUUAGUAUAGAAGGUACUGAUCAAGGUGAUACUUUCCAAAUGGAAAUGUCACAGGUGGGCUUCAGUGCAUCUUAUUCACAAAAAAAGGAUGUUCUGCUGCUGGGUGCAGUUGGGGCCUAUGACUGGAGUGGAACAGUAGUUCAGGAAUCUUCAGACAGAGUCACCACCUUUCCAAGCCAUGUGUUUGAGAAGAUUUUACAGGACAGAAACCAUAGCUCCUAUCUAGGUUAUUCUGUUGCUGUUCUCUCAACUAUGAGCUCUGUCUAUUUUGUUGCUGGUGCACCAAGAUCCAACUAUACUGGCAGAGUGGUGGUUUAUGAUGUUGAUAGUGAUGGUAACAUUGCAAUUGUGCAGUCACAGAGAGGGGAGCAGAUUGGCUCCUACUUUGGCAGUGUGGUAUGUUCAGUGGAUGUCAACAGGGAUUCUGUGACAGAUGUGCUGCUUGUGGGUGCACCAAUGUUUAUGAACGACCUGAAGAAAGAAGAAGGGAGAGUAUAUAUGUUUUCCAUCACAAAGAGAAUCUUGGAUCAACAAGAACUCUUGGAAGGUCCACAGGGGUCAGAAAAUGCACGCUUUGGAUCAGCAAUUGCAGCACUUGCAGACAUUGAUUUGGAUGGCUUUAAUGAUGUUGUAAUAGGUGCACCACUGGAAAACCAAAACUCUGGAGCAAUUUACAUAUAUAAUGGAUUUCAAAAGACUAUACGUACCAAAUAUUCUCAGAAAAUCUUAGGAUCGGAUUCUGCUUUUGGACAAAAGCUCCAAUUCUUUGGAAGAUCAGUAGAUGGCCAUAGAGACUUAGAUGACGAUGGCAUUACUGACGUAUCAGUUGGUGCUGAUGGAAAUGUGGUUGUGCUAUGGUCAAGAGGCAUUGCAAAUGUGUCCAUAAUUGCUUCAUUUAAACCUGAGAAAAUCAGUCUGGUGAACAAGAAUACAGAUAUAACUGUCAAAAUAUGCUUUCAGGCUACAUUUAGACCUGCUAAGAAAAAUAAUCAAGUGGAUAUAAAGUACAAUGCAACAUUGGAUGCAGACCUGCAGUUCUCCAGAGUGACUUCUAGAGGAUUUUUCAAAGAAAAUAAUGAAAGGUACAUGCAGAGGGAUCUUGUGGUGCAUCAAGAAGAGAAUUGUGUUCAUGAUGUCUUCAGUGUACAAGAGCCUUCAGAUGCAGUGAAUUCACUUAGUUUGCGCAUUGACAUCGGCCUUGCAAACCCUGGCUCCGGCCCUGUCCUGGACAUAUCUUCUCCAGCAUCUGUGGCCUAUAGCAUUCCUUUUAUUAAAGACUGUGGUGAAGAUGAACUUUGUAUUUGUGAUCUUGCUCUGAAUGUUCAGUGGAAGGCAGAUGAUGGCAAACAACAGUUUAUUGUCAGCAGCAAAACCAGAAGACUAACGUUCAAUGUGAAAUUGAGAAAUAAAAAGGAAAAUGCAUAUAACACCAGAAUCCAGGCAACAUUUUCAGACAACCUGUUUUUUGCUUCAUCUUCUUUACCGAGUGAUGGGACUGAAGUCUCGUGUCAAACAGGAACAGCGCAAAGUACAGUCAUUUGCCAAAUAAGCUAUCCUGUUUUCAGAACAGGACAACAGGUAUCCUUUGAUAUUAGCUUUGAUUUUAACCUUAAAAAUCUUCAGAAUGUGGCAGUUCUAAGUUUUCAUGCAUGGAGUGAAAGUAAGGAACAGCAAGAGUCGGACAACCAGGUCACCUUAUCAAUUCCUCUGCGAUACGAUGCAGAAAUUCACUUCACAAGGCUUGCCAACAUCAACUUUUAUGAAGUAUACUCUGGUCAUAACAUUCCUUCCACUGUGAAUAAUUUUGAAGAUAUUGGCCCCACGUUCAACUUCUCAGUUAAGGUAACAACAGGAAGUAUUCCAGUAAAGGUGGCAUCUGUAACAAUCAAUCUUCCAGCACUGACCAGCAAAGGCAACCCACUAAUGUACCUAACUGCAGUCACCACAGAUGAGGCCAAAGGUGUUACUUGUGACGCUCAGAUAAAUCCACUGCAAAUUGGGAAAAGACCUUAUUCUCCAUCUUUCAUAAAAGAGAACUUCAGAACUUCCAAAGAACUGACCUGUAAGAACGUGAAGUGCAGUACCAUCACAUGCAAACUGGAAGAUAUUACACUGAAGGGAGAGUACUUUGUGAACGUGUCCACCCAAAUCUGGAAUGGAACCUUUGCUUCCUUAAUUUUCCAGACAUUACAACUCUCUGCAGAAGCAAAAAUUGAUACACAUAACCCUGAUUUAUUUAUAAUUGGAGAGAAUACCCUAACUAUCCCAGUUACAAUAAUGAAGCCGGAUGAGAAGGCUGAGGUGCCAGUAGGUGUUGUGAUUGGCAGCAUAUUGGCUGGACUCCUCUUGCUGUUGGUACUGGUUGCUGUUUUGUGGAAACUUGGCUUCUUCAAGAGACAGUACGAGAAAAUGACACAGGAUAUAGAAGAUGUUGAUGAAAUUGCAGAACUCACAAAGGACAAAGACUGAAGAUGAGUUAUGUGGAUAAAGGGGAGAUCUGAGCCACCAAUAGCCGUUGUGAUCAGUCAGUUCUUCAGCUGGAGUGCCUUAAAGCUUAGUAACAUUUAAACAUUUUUAAUGAAAGUGUCUUUAUAUAGAUGAAAAUAUUUUACAGAUUCUACUCUAUUGCAAGAGUAACUGCAGGACAGUUUGGUUUUUUCAAAAAUGAUUUAUAGUGCUUUUUCUUGUAAAUUUUUGCCUUUCAAACAAACUUAACCCUUAGAACUGGCAGGUCCGGAGUAUACAGUAACAUACUGUUCCAGCAGUCCUUCUCUUGAUCCA